AAUAUCACCCCCCAAAAAAAAAUUAUCCACAUGUUUUCUCUGAAUAUGAGCACCGAAAUAGAAAAUUUGUGGGUCUUUGCUCUUGCAUCAAAAUUCAGUUUUUUCAUGCAAGAACAUUUUGUUUCCUGUCUUGUCGCCAUAGCCAUCACUUGGUUUACGUUAGCCAUCGUAUUUUGGUCUGCGCCCGGUGGACCGGCUUGGGGAAGAUACUUCUUCACUCACCGGUUUACUUUCGGUUGUAACCGGAAAAUCAUACCCGGUCCGAGAGGGUUUCCAGUAGUGGGAAGCAUGAGCCUAAGAGCAAGCCGUGUGGCUCAUCAGCGCAUAGCGGCAGUGGCAACGAUGACGAACGCCAAGCGACUCAUGGCGUUCAGCCUCGGCGAUACUAAGGUGGUGGUUACGUGUCAUCCUGACGUGGCAAAGGAAAUAUUGAACAGUUCUGUUUUUGCAGACCGGCCUGUUGACGAAACCGCUUACGGUCUGAUGUUUAACCGAGCGAUGGGGUUCGCUCCUAAUGGUACAUAUUGGCGUACUCUGCGUCGGUUAGGCUCAAACCAUCUAUUCAAUCCGAAGCAAAUCAAACAAUCAGAGGAGCAGAGACGAGUGAUCGCGACUCAAAUGGUGAAUGCGUUUGCACAUAACGGUGAAACUGCCUUUGGAGUGCGUGAUGUUCUCAAAAGGGCGUCGUUGUGUAACAUGAUGGGUUUAGUUUUUGGGAGAGAGUAUGAAUUGGAGGCUAAGAACGACAUCGAAUCGGAGUGCUUGAAGGGUUUGGUUGAAGAAGGGUACGACCUUCUCGGUACGCUUAAUUGGACCGAUCAUCUUCCCUGGCUAGGCGGUUUAGAUUUCCAACAAAUCCGGUUCAGGUGUUCUCAGCUCGUACCAAAAGUAAACCAGAUAUUGAGCCGGAUCAUUCAAGAGCACCGUGAUGCCAAGAGUGAUUUUCUCGGGGUGUUACGUUCUCUUCAAGGUUCCGAAAAAUUAUCAGAAUCCGAUAUGAUCGCUGUUCUUUGGGAAAUGAUAUUUAGGGGAACGGACACAGUGGCGGUUUUGAUCGAGUGGGUGUUAGCGAGGAUUGUGAUGCGUCCGAAGGUUCAAUCAACGGUCCACGAUGAGCUUGACCGAGUCGUUGGCAAAAGCAGAGCCGUUGAUGAGUCUGACCUUCCAUCGCUCAGGUAUCUGACGGCUAUGAUCAAAGAAGUGUUGAGGAUGCAUCCACCGGGCCCACUUCUCUCUUGGGCGCGUCUCUCAAUAACAGACACCACCGUAGACGGAUAUCACGUGCCGGCUGGAACCACCGCGAUGGUCAACAUGUGGGCUAUAGCACGUGACCCGAACGUGUGGGAGAAUCCUUUGGAGUUUAAUCCUGAGAGGUUUGUGACUAAACAAGGUGAAGCUGAGUUCUCUGUUUUCGGGUCGGAUCUGAGGCUGGCACCGUUUGGUUCGGGUAAGAGGGUUUGCCCGGGAAAGCAUUUGGGGCUUACGACGGUGUCGUUUUGGGUUGCGACGCUCUUGCAUGAGUUUGAGUGGCUUCCUAGAGUCGAUGCUAACCCUCCAGAUAUGUCGGAGGUUUUGAGGCUGUCUUGCGAGAUGGCUAAUCCUCUCGUCGUUAACGUACGCCCAAGGCGUAAGAUAGCAUAAGCUUCAGUUUGGUCAGUGCAUCGAUGCUUCAUAGUCAUUGAUUGGCAAUUAAGAAACCACCUAUAUUUAAAUAAAUAAUCAUUGAAAACAAAGAAGCAAAUAUUUGUAUUCUAAGAGCGAAGAUUCGCCUAUCUUUAUUAAUCAUUAAGAGAAUAUUAUAAUGUAUUUAUAUUAUAUGAAGUAAUUAAAGUA